GUACACGUGUGUGUGUGGAUCACUCGCUACAUAUACAGGCAGCUGCGGCACCAGCGGAGCGCGACGAGAGCCAUGGGCCCCGUGACCAAGUUUCUACUCAAGAGGAAGGAGGUGAUCCCCAUUGUGGUGUUCCUGGGAUUUACGGUCGGAGGAGGAGUCCUCAUGGGCAUCUACAGCCUCCUCACGAAGAGCGACGUCGUGGUCAAUAAGAGAGGGAACCCCACUCCGUGGGAGAACAUCGAUCCCAGUCAACCCCAGAAGCUCUACACCAUCACGCAGCAAUGGGAGCCUGUGGAGGCCCUGGAGCUCGUGAAGAAAGCCACGCGAUGAGAACUGAGACAACCCGAACGCUCCUAUCAAUAGAAGUCCUGGUGAUGUGGACCUAAGAAGAAUACAAUUACCACCAUCAUCGUCAUCACCACCACCUUCACCACCACCAUAAUUAAUAUCACCACAACCAUCAUCAUCACCACCACCAUCAUCAUAACCGCCGCACAACAUAUCGUUCUGCUACUGUACAUCCUGAAUGCUGUACAGGGGUGCAAAGCUGCACGGCUUGAGGCUGGGAUAUCCCCGUGAUGCACCUGCGGUGUCCCUGGGAUGUCCCAGUGAUAUCCCUGGGAUGUCCCUGGCAUGUCCCUGGGAUGUCCCUGGCAUGUCCUAUAGAUGUCCCUGUGAUGUCUCUGCGAUGUCUCUGCGAUGUCCCUGGCAUGUCCUAGGGAUGUCCCUGUGAUGUCUCUGCGAUAUCCCUCGGAUGUCCCUGUGAUGUCCCUGCUAUGUCUCUGCGAUGUCCCUCGGAUGUCCCAGUGAUAUCCCUGGGAUGUUCCUGGUAUGUCCUUGGGAUGUCCCUACGAUAUCUCUGUGAUGUCCCUGUGAUGUUUCUCGGAUGUCCCUGCGAUGUCUCUGCGAUGUCCCUGUGAUGUCCCUCGGAUGUCCCUGCGAUGUCCCUGCGAUGUUCCUCUUUCUCCUGUGUUUAAAAAUAAAUAGAUAAGUAAAUAA